UGACGAUGAUAUCCGGCCAAGAGAGAGAGGGGGGAGAACAAGAGCAAAUGACAACAAAAGAAAUCAAAGACCAAGGAACGGGCAAAAGCCAAACAUAAAACAUAAGUCGAGAGACAGCAGACCUGACCGCCGUUGAGGCUUGGCCUAGUUUAGACAGUUGAAACCAUCAGCAGCCGUCAAGUUCCAGCUCGCGCUCGACAUUCCCCCACCGAGUCUGGUUCGUCUCACAUUGCCUCGCUGAGUGUCAGAACCCCGGGGCUGCUGAAACACCACCAUUGCUCACGGCAUUUACUCCGAGCUAGAGUUUUUGACAGCUUCAUGCGCGCGCCCACCCGACCGGCAUGUCCGCCCCACGAGUCUUCAUCGCCCGUCACGGCGAGACUGAGUGGUCACUGACCGGGAAGCAUACCGGCGUCACUGAUAUUGCCCUCACUGCCGACGGCGAGAAGAGGGUCAAGGCCACCGGGAGGGCUCUGGUCGGCAACGACAGGCUCAUCGUGCCCAGCAAGCUCACCCACAUCUUUGUCUCUCCCAGGAGGCGGGCCCAGCGCACCUUCGAGCUGCUCAACCUCGGCUUCAAAGACCUCCCGUGGGACCCCCACGGGCCCGCCGGUGACUCGCCGGGCCUGCCUUGCAACGCGCGCAUAGAGAUCACCGAGGAUAUUCGCGAGUGGGACUAUGGUGACUAUGAGGGCAUCACCAGCAAGGAGAUCCGCCAGCGGAGGCAAGACCAGGGUCUCGGCGACAACAGUUGGGACAUUUGGAGGGACGGCUGCCCCGGCGGCGAGUCGCCCCACGACGUCACCGAGCGUCUCGACAGGCUGAUUGCUAAGAUUCGCUCCUACCAGGAGCCUUUCAUGCAGGGAGCAGGCCAGAGGGAGGGCCUGGAGUCCUCCAGCGAGGGCACUGGCGAUGUCCUCGUCGUCGGCCACGGCCACAUCCUUCGUGCCUUUGCCAUGCGGUGGGUCGGCAAGACUCUUCAGGAGGGCCCGACCUUCCUGAUGGAGGCGGGCGGUGUCGGUACUCUCAGCUACGAGCACCACAGCAUCCAUGAGCCCGCUAUACUUCUCGGCGGCGCCUUCGUGGUCAACAACGCCAAAGAGGCAAUCGCCGAGGCUCCAAAGAAUUAGGAAAUUAGGAGUCUGCAUGCGGCCUCCCUGGCUAGGGGAUCAGCGUGAUCUUCACCCUCUUAACCUCCUCUGUCCUAACCUCCUAGCCUCUGGCCUCUUGCACGACAAACUCUUCUGACAACGUACCUUGUGGAACAACCGUGGUUCUCUGACUUAGAAUACCCUCGCAAGAGCCUAACAGACUUGAUUUCCCCAUCUGUAAAAUUGACAGAUCUGACCGGGGCUUGUGUGAUGGACUCGGCCAGGGUGGAACCAAUAUGAUGGACUGGACCGGCCAGGUGUUGUUUGUAUCCACACGGGUAUACGGUGUCGACGUUGGCUUUGACUGUCAGCGAGUAACGCUACGGAAUUUAAUCAGAUUAUCCGCAACACCCGCGCUCAAAUUCUGAUUCCUUGUUGUAAGAAAUCAGCCUCGAAAAGUGGCGUACAGAACUCGACACAUGAUCUAUGGUAGUGUACAAGUGUGUCCAGAGCGCCAGGUACUACAGCUGCAUCAUACUGGGAUGCAUGGCCACGAGGGUCUAUGAUACCUGCUGCUCGCCCUCAGCCAUACCGCCUACAUCCUCCUCCUCGGCAUCAAACACGUCCUCGACGAUCAGGUUCCCAGAUUUUCCGAUGACCUCCCGCAGGGUCUUGUCCCGGGUCGGCUCAAACACCUCUCUGGGUAGCAGGCUCGCGAGCCGGAAGCUAUAGACGUGCUCGUACCCCUCCGGCGCGCCCUUGUCGUCCAGUUCCGACUCGUCCUCCCCACCGUCAGCCCGCGCCUGCAGUACCCCGUAGCACUCGACAAAGGCGUACAGCUCCUCGACCGUCGUGUUGCCCGCGAACCGUCUGAUGACGCGGCCGGCGCCCGUCUCCUCGGGCAUCUUGAGCGCCAGCCGCACCACGUCCGCCUCGCUCGCCGGCGGCUCCGGCGCGAUGGUCGUCACCCGCCAACGCCGCCACAGCUGGCGCUUGCGAUCUUGCUCCGCGGCCCGUUCGGCACGCUCUCUCUCGCGCUGCUCUGCUUCCGCGGCCGCCGCGGCCGCCUCACGCUUUUGUCUGGCCCGCUCGCGGUCCCGCGCCAACGAGCGCUCGUACGCCGAGUCCUGUUCUGUCCGCAGGCUGCGUGAGGUCUCCUGGGCGACGCGCUCGGCGCGCAGGCCCUCCAGGUCUGGGGAAUACUUGUCCAUGGCGGAGCGCAGGCCCGAGAGGUAGGCGGCUGGCGUGGUGGCGCCGGACAGCCUCUUGAUGAUGCCCAUACGGGUGCUGCCCUCCUUCGGGGUCAGGCUGAUGAGCACGGAGAAGGGGAACUUGGUGCAGUUGUACUCCUGCGAGACGAUGUAGGCCUCGCUAUCGAGCACGUUGCCGCCCCACAGCACGAUGUUCGAGGCUGGGUCGGACAGGAAGGCGGCCACGUCCGGGCCGAGGAGGACGUCGCGGGCAAAGGACGCCGUAUCGUCGUGCUCGGGGGACAUGAGCACCACGAGCAGGAACUUGAGCUCCUUCUUGGCCAGGUCCUGAGCCUGCGCGAACCCGCCCUCGAACCACGGCAGCGAAGGGGUGCCCUCGGCAGGAGAUCCAUAUUCCUCCUCGAACUCACGCCUGAAUCGAGCGGCCGAGUCCCGCGGCAGGAGCAUCUUUCGCCCAUUUGUAUUGCGCAGCCCGCGGGUGAUGGAGUUUGAAACGGCGCGGGGCCGCAGCGACUGCGGCAGGAAGGACAGGAUGUAGUAGAUGGGCCGGAAGAGGCUGGCGAACAGCUUCCAGCCGAGCUGGAAGGGGGCGAAGAUAAGAGAGAACAGCCAUGGGACGGGAUAGGUUGUGGACGGUUGCGGGACGAUUCGGGGUGCCGGUUCGGUGCGGUCGCGGCGCGGCGGUCUGCCUAUCGGGGCGUAGAAGCUCUCUUGGAGGUUCUCGUGUCGUCCAGCGGGCCGGGGCGGGUCGGCAUGUGCUCGUUGCUGUUGUGCCUGUGCCUCUGCUACGGGGUCGGGGCCCUCGCCGUCGAAGAACUUUGUGAUUGCAAUCUGCACAUUCCAUUGCGACCGCUCUAGAAGCGGCACUGCGUCCUUGGGCUCUUGGUUUGUGAGGGCCGUGUACUGUUGGAGAGCCUCCUGCUGGCCAGGCGAGAGGCUGGCCAGGUCGACGUCGGCCAUCUCGCGUGUGUUGGGGUCAGAACAGAUGCGACUCCCCUAACUCCAAUCCACUCCUCUUCAGAUCCGCUCGAUUCUACCAAUCAAUCCAUCCAGGGUCGGAGACGGAGGUUUCUACAACAGAACGGGCGCUGCUGACUUGUUGGGUAUGCUCGUGUGAGGUGACCAACGACCAACGGCCAACGGCCAACGACGGGAUGGACGGGGCAGACGGAGCUGGCAGGUGGUGGUGGUGGCAGAACCGAGUAGCCAGCUAGGACCAGAACUCGAGGGGGCCUUGGCACAGCUGUGAGUCCAGCUGACUGCCGAGGUUGUCCUGGAUGAUGGUGGAGCAGCUGGUCAGCAGGUCAGGAAUGGGCAGGCCAGGGAAGGUUUUCUUGUUGUAGUCAGAGAACUGAAGAGUGCGAUGGGAAAGACUCGGCCAACCUAGCAGUUUGGUAGGAGAUGCCACCGGGUCAAUUGUCACUAGUAAAAGCGACGUCACGUCAGCAGUCAGCCAGCGAGUGCCAGGUGCAGGGAUGGUCCACUGUCUCUCCCUGCCUGCCUGCCUGCCUGCCUGCCGUUUGCAGUAACCCAACCCCACCCUAAGCUAGCUGAUGGCCACCUGCCACCCAGAGCAUCAGUGCUAGCUGUUGCGGGUUCAUAGACGACCAGGCAGUAGCAAACAGGGUG